CCAAACGGCGACUCACGAAUUGCAAUGCCGCAAUGGUAGGCCGGAUUGCGAGCGCAAUAAGAUAUUGCCACAACAAUUGUUCGUAUUAAUGCCGAUGCCGAGUCACGUGCUUAGCCACGUUCCCCCUGCCCGUUCUUGCUCGCAUGAAGUCUGCACCUCGUCAAUAUCGUGCGCCCUCGGGAACACCCACACUUAAACCACGGCGUUCUAGCGCUGUCGCUGGCGUCAGUGAAAUUUUUGGCGUCGCCGUAAAUUCUCCGCUCCCUAAUUCGGCUGCUUCAACUCUGCGAUCCAGUCCACUCCGCCACGAGAUUUAUCGGGACGAUUCCACAUCUUCGACGAACAUAGAAGACGGGAUGUCAGUGUCGUCUCGAAAGCGUGGACGUGAUGAUGAGAUUGCAUCGGUGACCUCCAUCCAGUUUGGGAUUGAGGAACCACUAUCCCCCACCUUUUCCGCUGCUGAUUCCAACAAAAAGUCGCGUCUGAAAGACCUAGACACAACUGAGGCUCUUACUAGCGAAUUGAUUCCUGAGCCUAUUCCUAUCCCUUCUGUUCCUGUCUCAGAGGACGCAAGUGCGCCAUCAUCCGCACCAAUUCGUUGGUUUGGCUCCCUGUCACGGAAAAUAAGCCGCCCGAACGUGUCAUUUUUCUACUGAGGCCACCCCAGACGCUUCGAUCGCUUCCGUCCCUUCAACUGGUGUAUACGAGAAUACCCGAUCGGAAUUGUCUAUACGAAGUGGAAUUACAAGUUGGUUUUCGGGGAAUGGGAGUGCACGUUCAGUAUCUGUCGCCACACAAGCGUCUACCAACGAGGCGCAGCCCCCCACGUCCAUAUUGUCCGAGGCCAAGGAAACUUCCCCGUCGGCUCCUGGAGCAGAAACCGAUACUUCUGCACCUUUUCCUGAG